GGCAGGAGUCCGGGGCUGGUGUCCCGCAGGUGCCGUGACUGAGUGCGGCCCGGGGCACAGAGGCUGCACCACCCACCCUGGUCCCGGCGUGGUGCCCAGAACUCCGCAGAGGACGCGACGGGGCACCAUGCCCGGGCUGUACUGUCCCUCCAGCUGGACACCGCUGCCCCUCACCGACUCCUGGGUCCGGGCCUGCGCCAACGGCCCGUGCCUCAGCCUGCGGGCCCGGCUAACCUACCACAACCCGCAGCCGCAGCCGGUGGACGGCGUGUUCGUGUACCCGCUGGCGGAGGCCGAAGUGGUAUCCGGCUUCGAGGCGGAGGCGGCGGGACGGCGCGUCUCCUUCCAGCUGCAGAGCCGGCGCCGCUUGCAGGCCGCUUGCUGCCGCGCGCUGGGCCCCGGGCUGGGGGCCUCCACGCCCCGCCGCUGCGCGCAGGGUCAUCUUGUCUUGGAUCUGGCCCAGGCCCGGUCCACACUGGUGCUGCCCACUGGCCUCAUUGCCGCAGCUGGCACCAUGACAGUGACCCUGCACAGCAGCCAGGAGCUGCCCUCAAGGCCAGAUGGGGUGCUGUGCGUGGCUCUGCCCUCCGUGCUCACCCCGCUGGCCCUGCAAGGCCCGCUGGGGCCCCCCAGGCCUCCGGGGCUCUGUGACGACAGCCCUACCAGCUGCUUCGGGGUGGGCAGCCCUCAGGAGGAAGGGCUGGCCUGGGAGGAGCCAGCUGCCCCUCCGGACGUGUUCUCAGGCCCUGCCCGCUGCCCUGCCCCAUACACCUUCUCCUUCGAGAUGCUGGUGACCGGGCCGUGCCUGCUGGCAGGCCUGGAGAGCCCCUCUCAUGCUCUGCGGGCAGAUGCCCCCCCUCAUGCCAGCUCUGCAGCCACCAUCUGUGUCACAUUGGCAGAGGGCCACCGCUGUGACCGGGCCUUGGAGAUCCUGCUGCACCCCAGUGAGCCCCACCUGCCGCACCUGAUGCUGGAGGCCGGCAGCUUGAACUCAGCAGAAUACGAGGCCCGGGUGAGGGCCCGCCGAGAUUUCCAGAGGCUUCAGCGAAGGGACAGUGAUGGGGACCGGCAGGUGUGGUUCCUGCAGAGACGUUUCCACAAGGACAUCCUGCUGAACCCUGUGCUGGUGCUGAGCUUCUGCCCGGACCUGAGCUCCAAGCCUGGACACCUAGGCUCAGCUACACGGGAGCUCCUCUUCCUGUUGGACGGCAGCGGCGUAACACACAAGGAUGCCAUUGUUUUGGCUGUGAAGUCACUCCCGUCCCAGACGCUCAUCAACCUGGCCAUGUUUGGCACACUGGUGCAGCCCCUCUUCCCAGAGAGCCGGCCUUGCAGUGAUGACACCGUGCAGCUGAUCUGUGAGAGCCUUGAGACCCUGCAGGCUGCAGGGGGUGCCCCGGAUGUGCUGGCUGCACUGGACUGGGCCAUGGGGCAGCCCCAGCACAGGGCCCACCCUCGGCAGCUGUUCCUGCUCACUGCUGCCUCGCCCAUGGCUGCCACUACCCACAAAACCCUGGAGCUCAUGAGGUGGCACAGGGGGGCAGCCAGGUGCUUCUCCUUUGGGCUGGGGCCUGCCUGCCACCAGCUGCUCCAGGGUCUGUCUGCCCUCAGCAGGGGCCAAGCCUACUUCCUGAGGCCCGGGGAGAGGCUGCAGCCCUUGCUGGUGCAGGCUCUGCGGAAGGCGCUGGAGCCCGCUUUGAGUGACAUCUCUGUGGACUGGUUUGUGCCCGAUGCGGUGGAGGCGCUACUGACCCCCCGGGAGAUCCCAGCACUCUACCCUGGGGACCAGCUGCUCGGUUACUGCUCCCUCUUCAGGGUGGAUGGCUUCCGGCCCCGGCCUCCUGGGGGCCAAGAGCUUGGCUGGCAGAGCUUGGGUGGCUCUGUGUUCCCAUCCCCAGAGGAGGUGCCAUCUGCCACCAGCCCUGGCACUGAGCCCACUGGCACCUCAGAGCCACUGGGAACAGGCACUGUGUCAGCAGAGCUGUCCAGCCCAUGGGCUGCUGGGGACUCAGAGCAGACAGGUACUGAUGCUCUGACAGACCCAGUCACGGACCCUGGACCCAACCCCUCCUCUGACACAGCCAUAUGGCGCCGCAUCUUCCAGUCCUCAUACAUCCGGGAGCAGUAUGUGCUCACCCACUGCUCUGCCAGCCCCGAGCCAGGCCCAGGCUCCACAGGCAGCAGUGAGUCCCCCGGCUCCCAGGGCCCUGGCUCCCCCGAGGGCAGUGCUCCCCUGGAUCCCCCUUCUCAGCAGGGCUGCCGCAGCCUGGCUUGGGGAGAACCUGAAGGCUCCCGCUCCUGCCCCCUGCCUCCACCCCCACUGGCUCCAGUCAAGGCUGGGGCCUUGAGUGCUGAGGUGCUGGGCCGUCGACGCAGAGCAGCUUUGGCUGGCCGAAGCCUCUCAUCACCCCCAGGCAGGGUGAACCCAGUCCUUGGCCGCCCCCGGCAUCCCUCUCUGGGUGCAGCCCCAGAUGGGCCAGGCCCUGAGCCAGGGCAGCAGCUGGGACAGGGCUUGGAUGACUCAGGAAACCUGCUUUCCCCGGCCCCCAUGGACUGGGACAUGUUGAUGGAACCACCCUUCUUGUUCACAGCUGUGCCCCCCAAUGGGGAAUCCGCCCCUCCGGCAGUGCCACUGCCUCCCCAGACUCCACGCUGCCAUGUGGUGAUCCGGGCCCUGUGUGGGGAGCAGCCUAUGUGCUGGGAGGUGGGUCUUGGGCUAGAGACACUAUGGGGUCCUGGGGACGAUGGCUCACUGCCUCUGUCACCCCCUGAAAGAGAAGGUGCUUGGGAUCAAGCACUCCAUCGGCUGACAGCAGCUUCUGUGGUCCGGGACAAUGAGCAGCUGGCUCUCCGACAAGGAGCCGAGACCAUGGCUGACCGGGGCCAUGCCCGGAGGUCCUGGCUCCGAGCCCUUCAGACAAGCAAGGUCAGCUCUGCCCCCUCCUGCUUCACCUGCCCUGUAGCUGUAGACGCCACCACUAGGGAGGUCCUGCCCUCAGCCCUGCAGGUGCGGAGCUCAGAGCCAGCUGAACCCCCAGGCACCCCUCCUGCCUCUCAGGGCCAUCUAGAGGCAGCUCCUCUGCUCACAGUUGUCCACUCUAAAGGACUUCAGGGAGGCGCUCUAGCAGGCGGCUGGGACCUUGGCCGAAAUGGCAACUCCAAGUCUGCUUUGGGGGACCCUGCAGCUCCCACCAGAGGUCCUCAUCGCCUGCCCACCCAGCCUCCCUCUAGGCUCAGCCUGGGCUGUCGGAAGGCCAGAGGCCCAGACAGCCGUAGACUCUGCAGCCCCAACACUGGUCAGGCCAGUGACGGCAACAGUGAAGGCAGCGACCAUGACUACCUGCCCUUGGUGCGCUUGCAGGAGGCGCCAGGCUCCUUUCGCUUGGAUGCGCCCUUCUGCGCAGCAGUGCGCAUCCCACAGGAGCGCCUGUGCCGCGCCUCGCCCUUCGCUGCACACCGUGCCAGCCUCAGCCCCACCUCGGCCUCGUCUCCCUGGGCACUUCUCGGUUCUGGUGUCGGCCAGGGCGACAGCGCCACGGCCUCCUGCAGCCCAUCACCUAGCUCGGGCUCUGAGGGUCCAGGCCAGGUGGACAGUGGGCGGGGCUCAGACACUGAGGCCUCGGAGGGGGCGGAAGGGCCCAGUGGUGCCGACCUGCAGGGCCGAACCUGGGCCACCGCCGUGGCGCUUGCGUGGCUGGAGCACCGCUGUGCCGCCACUUUCGGCGAAUGGGAACUGGCAGCAGCUAAGGCCGACUGCUGGCUGCGGGCCCAGCACCUGCCCGACGGCCUCGACCUGGCUGCCCUCAAGGCUGCAGCUCAGGGUCUCUUCCUGCUGCUGCGCCACUGGGACCAGAACCUGCAGCUACACCUGCUGUGCUACAGCCCAGCAAACAUGUGAGGGCUGCCCAGUUGCUCAGGCUGGCGCCCCCCAACAGACUCAAGUCACUGCCACCCAGGGCCGGCUUCUUGGU